AAGAGAAAGCCGAUGAUGAAGAAAGAUGACGAAAGAUGAAGUUCGGCACGAAAUUCCACUGAAGAAUAUGGUCGAUGUUAGUAAUGCUGCUAAUUUUUAUGCAGUCCCAAGUAACCGGGAAUCACUGAUUGUAAAAUUAACUAAGAGAAAAGUAAGCAAUAUCGGAAGUUGCACACGCCGGGUGUUAUCAAGACUUUGUGCGGACGAAUUGAUGCAGCAUUACAACUGGAUUGGGUCCAGGGGUAGCAAAAUCGCGUUUUGUGAUGCGUGGAUGAGACACAUUGUAUUUGAUGCGGUUCGUGCGAGUUUACCAUUAAAGCUUGUCACCGAUGACGAGAUGGAAACCACAAUUAAAGAAUAUUUGAAAGGUGCACCUAAAAGAUUGAAGAAGAAUAAUCCGAAUGAUGGAACACUCCCAAGGGGCGACUCUGAACCCGAUGAUCAACCAAAUGAGUAAUUCUUGGACUAUUGGAUUGUUUUGUUAUUU